AAAGUGCUUCCACAGGAUGAGGAGGGCCCAAUCAUUAUUGUGCUGAGUAGUGUCUCAGUGGCAAAUGUCUUUCGUGCCCUUCACUUCCUUUAUUGUGGAUCGGUAGAAGUGGAUCCAUCUGAUGUUGAGGGUCUGAUACAUGCAGGUCGAGAACUUGGCAUCGACAUACUCGAUGAUGGAGGACAGCUGAAUAAAGGUGGAAAUCGGAAAGCAGAAACCAGAACGUCUGCCACCAUUGAGGAGGAGCCACCUGAUCCCCCGUUUAGCCUGUGUCCUUCCACGGGAGAGUUCAUUUCUAGCCAUUCUACUGAAAGG